AUGUUCAGGAACGCUUUACGGCAGUCUAGCCGCACCGUUGCGGCUGCCACUGCCACUGGCAGGAUCGCCUCGGUUCGCGCGGCUGUUCCCGGCCCCCUCUCUGCUGCUUCCAAGCAGGUCCGUACCUACGCUGCUGAGGCCAAGGCUUCGCCCACCGAGGUUUCUUCCAUCCUCGAGCAGAGAAUCCGUGGUGUUCAGGAGGAGUCUGGUCUUGCUGAGACAGGACGUGUCCUUUCCGUCGGUGACGGUAUCGCUCGUGUCCAUGGCAUGACCAACGUCCAGGCUGAGGAGCUGGUUGAGUUCGCCUCUGGCGUUAAGGGUAUGUGCAUGAACCUGGAGGCCGGUCAGGUCGGUGUUGUGCUGUUCGGUUCCGACCGUCUCGUCCGUGAGGGUGAGACCGUCAAGCGUACCGGAGAGAUUGUCGAUGUCCCCGUCGGCCCUGAGCUUCUCGGCCGUGUCGUCGACGCUCUCGGUAACCCCAUCGAUGGCAAGGGUCCCCUCAACGCUUCUGGCAAGAGCCGUGCCCAGCUCAAGGCCCCCGGUAUCCUUCCCCGUCGCUCCGUCAACCAGCCCGUGCAGACUGGUCUGAAGUGUGUCGACUCCAUGGUGCCCAUUGGUCGUGGUCAGCGUGAGUUGAUCAUCGGUGACCGUCAGACCGGUAAGACCGCUGUCGCUCUCGAUGCCAUGCUCAACCAGAAGCGCUGGAACAGCACCAACGACGAGACCAAGAAGCUCUACUGUAUCUACGUUGCCGUCGGUCAGAAGCGUUCCACCGUCGCUCAGCUCGUCAAGACUCUUGAGGAGAACGACGCCAUGAAGUACUCCAUCGUCGUCGCUGCCACCGCUUCCGAGGCUGCUCCCCUCCAGUACCUCGCUCCCUUCACUGGUACCGCUAUUGGGGAGUUCUUUAGAGAUAGUGGAAAGCACGCCCUGAUCAUCUACGAUGAUCUUUCCAAGCAGGCCGUGGCCUACCGUCAGAUGUCUCUUCUGCUCCGUCGUCCCCCUGGACGUGAGGCCUACCCCGGUGACGUUUUCUACCUCCACUCUCGUCUCCUCGAGCGUGCUGCCAAGAUGAACGAGAAGCACGGUGGUGGUUCCCUCACUGCCCUUCCCGUCAUUGAGACCCAGGGUGGUGAUGUCUCCGCCUACAUUCCCACCAACGUCAUUUCCAUUACCGACGGUCAGAUCUUCUUGGAGGCUGAGCUCUUCUACAAGGGUAUCCGUCCCGCUAUCAACGUCGGUCUUUCCGUCUCCCGUGUCGGUUCCGCUGCCCAGGUCAAGGCCAUGAAGCAGGUUGCCGGUUCCCUGAAGCUCUUCUUGGCUCAGUACCGUGAGGUCGCCGCUUUCGCUCAAUUCGGUUCCGAUCUCGAUGCCUCCACCAAGCAGACCCUCAACCGUGGUCAGCGUCUCACUGAGCUGCUCAAGCAGAAGCAGUACUCUCCCAUGGCCGUCUCCGACAUGGUUCCCCUCAUCUUCGCUGGUGUCAACGGCUACCUCGACAACAUCCCCGUCGCCAAGAUCCUCCAGUGGGAGUCUGACUUCCUUGCUCACCUCAAGAGCAACCACCCUGAGGUCCAGGAGACCAUCGAGAAGGACGGCCAGGUCAGCAAGGAGCUUGAGGCUAAGCUCAAGGACAUUAUCCCCAACUUCAACAAGUCCUUCAACGCAUAG